UCUCCCCGGAUCCGAUUGAAUGAGGGGGAAAAAAAAUACAAUUUUUUUGCCACAGUUGCAUUAAUAUAAUCCAUGUUAUCGUGACAUUAAACAACUUUAGUGUGCGGAUUACAAGUGUGUGGGGUGAUGUUUUACUGGUUCAAGAGCACGAGUUCAGUGCAGUCUGUCCCUUGAUAUUGUCACGUAAAUACCGCUCGUUGGAGGAGUAAUUUUAUUUUUACGGUCAAGUGAAAACGUGCGGUAUUACUAUUUACGGGGAAAUAUUAUUCUGGAGUAAUUAUUAGAUAACAUGUCGGCGGUGCAGCCACUGUCCAACGGACUCCUCAAUGGGUUCGCUCACGACGAGAAGGUGCUUCCCACGGGGGACGACGAUGGCUAUUUGUCACCGAGUCCAACAGGAAGGGAUGGGCCCGAUCAAAUCCUCCCAGCGGACGUGGACACAACUCACGAGCCGAAUGGACGAGUCAGGAUAAAAAAAAAUCCGGAGGAUGGGCGAUCUGACAUUAUAUCAGUGCCUGGUCUGCUGAUGAGGGUGGCCAAGAAAUGGCCGGAUCGUCCCGCUCUAGUGACAUGUCCCCAAGUCGACGGCACACGUAAAACGUGGACGUACAGGGAGUACGAACGAGAUGUAAGCACAGUCGCCAAGGCAUUUUUGAAGUUGGGAUUGCAGAGACAUCACAGUGUUGCAAUUUUGGGAUUCAACAGCCCCCAGUGGUUCAUCGCAGACAUGGCUGCUAUUUACGCAGGGGGUUUCGCUGCUGGAAUUUACACGACAAAUUCUUCAGACGCUUGUCAGUACUGUGCUGACCACAGUCGUGCUAAUAUAAUUGUCGUCGAGGACCACAAGCAGUUGGAAAAAAUAUUGAGCAUCAAGCACAGUUUGCCGCAUUUGAAGGCAAUUAUUCAGUACGAGGGGAUACCAAAAGAUAAAAGUGUACUGAGUUGGAAUGAUUUGCUUGAGCUUGGAAAAUCCGAAUCUGACGACAAAUUGGAAGGAGUAUUGAAGACACUUUGCGUCAAUGAAUGCUGCACUCUAGUCUACACGUCAGGUACUGUUGGUCGUCCCAAAGCUGUGAUGCUGAGUCACGAUAAUUUGAUUCAUGACUCAAUGUUGAUCAGAGAUGCGUUACCAAAGUCCAAUGGAGUAGAGACUGUCGUCAGCUAUUUGCCUCUCUCUCACGUUGCUGCACAGGUAAUUGAAAUAUUCGCGAGUCUGUGGAUGGAAGCGACUGUCUACUUCGCUGACAGAAAUGCAUUGAAGGGUAAUUUGGUGGAGACCCUGGCGUACGCGAGGCCCACAGCAUUCCUCGGUGUGCCCAGAGUCUGGGAGAAAAUCUACGAGAAGAUGAUGAUGGUGGCUCGCAGCAAUGGGCCCAUUAAAACCUGGAUUGCAACGUGGGCGAAGGCCCAGGGCCUCAACUACAACAUGAACAAGAUGAACGGAGUCGAUUACAAGAGUUGGGGGUACUUGAUCGCCAAGUGGCUGGUGUUUAAUAAGAUCAAAGCCACACUGGGCUUGGACAGGUGCAGGAUUUUCGUCACAGCUGCUGCGCCACUCAGUAUUGAGAUUAAAAAGUAUUUUAUGAGCCUCGAUAUACCUCUUAUGGAUGCUUUCGGCAUGUCUGAGUGCGCUGGGGCUCAUACGUUGUGUUUGAAUGACCAUUACAGAUUGGGAAGUGUUGGGAGAACUUUGAAGGGCUGUAAGACGAAAUUGGAUAAUCCUGAUGAGACAGGAGAGGGUGAGAUAUGCAUGCUUGGUCGACACGUCUUUAUGGGAUACAUGGGGGAACCGGAGAAGACGAGGGAAGCUAAGGAUGACCAGAAUUGGCUGCACAGCGGGGAUUUGGGAAGGCUCGAUGGUCAAGGAUAUCUGUUCAUCACUGGGAGAAUAAAGGAAUUGAUCAUCACUGCUGGCGGUGAGAAUAUUCCCCCUGUCCAGAUUGAACAGGCACUAUUGAAGGAAUUACCAGCGCUGAAUAAUGCAAUGCUCAUUGGCGACAUGAGGAAAUAUCUGACGAUAUUGGUGACCCUCAAGACGGACAUGGAUUUUGAGACUGGUGGCCCCCUGGACACGCUGUUUCCCUCAACAAGAUCUUGGGCGAAGUCAAUCGGCAGUAAAGCCACAACAGUCUCCGAAAUAAUUCGCACACGAGAUCCCGCAAUCUACAACGCCAUUGAGAAAGCAAUAGAGCGAAUGAAUCUUCAUGCAACGAGUAAUGCUCAGAGAGUCCAGAAAUUCACGAUUCUCCCUCACGACUUCUCCAUUCCCACUGGAGAACUGGGCCCCACUCUGAAGCUGAAGAGGAGCGCUGUCAUUAAACAAUAUGGGGAUCUCAUUGAGGAGAUGUACAAGUAAUGGAUUAAUGAAAAUUAAUUAUCGUAUAAUCGCAUAAUCAGCUCACGUGGUGGAAGAUAUCGGAUUUAGGUGGGGUACUUUGGCCUAGUGUCUGCAAUUCAUGCCCAAGGAACAGCCAAAAAUUAUUAUUUAAUUGUCUAUUAGGGGUUAAUUUGUUUCCAACGACUGAGGCGUUUGGUUUUUCGUCGUGCAGAAAAAGAUUUCAUUGAAAAAUGACACUCCAAUGGACUUCUAUUAGUUUUCAAUGGAAAUGUUGGAUUGAGAAUAUUUAUUAGAAUAAACCAAUAGAAUUGGAUUUUUCUAUGCAACUCACGGAGUCGUUGAAUUAGAAUAGCUUUUCGUACUGUGUAAAUUGCUGAGGAGAGGUGUAAAUACAGGGAAUAUUUUGUAAUUCUCUGAACCAUCGAGAUGUAUGGCAAAAACACGAGAAGUAUGGUCCUGUCUUUUUACUGUAAAUGAAAAAUCGCAGAUGUUUUUUUGAAAAAUUAUGAUUUUUGGCGAAUGAAUACUUAAGUAAUAACACUAAGAAAGUGCCUUUCAACAGAUGAAUGACGAAAAUUGUUGACGAAUUGUGCCGAGUUUAAUUAUACCGAGAAUUGACUAGAAUUAAUUUAUUAAUUCAUGGUGAAGGUACUUAUCCCAUUGAAUUGAGGGGAAAAUGAAUGAAGGGAGAAUUUUCGUUACUUUCAGGUUGGUUAAAUAAUUGAUGGAAUGUGAUAUAUGUAUUUACCAUUAAUUAUUUGAGUAAUGAUGCAUAACGUCCGAGUGAAGAUCACAAUAUCUAACGUGAAUACGUCGCAAUUGAGGUGCAUAUGGAAUAUCUUGUAGGUAAUUAUGGUUUUGCAGUAGAAAAAUUGAGACAAUUAUAUCGAUAGGGUGACAAUAAACACGAUUUAUGUUCUUGGUUUAUUUUAAUUUAGUGGAGGUAACAGGCACUUUUUGUAUUUGCCAUAAUCGAGCGGUGAAAAGUUGUGUAUAAUGUAAUAUUUAUAAUAAAAGCCAUGCAACAAGG